AUGGAGUUUGAUCCAACCUUCCAAGACCUUUUUAGCUUUUUUGAAGAAAAUCCCUUCCCAAAUCCAGAAAACAACACUUUGUUGCAAUCCAACACUUUAAACCAUUUUGAGGAUAAUAACAUGAAUGUAGUACUUGACCAAAAUCCUGCACUUGUGAUGGAGGAUCCUUCCUUCAUUGUUAACCCUUUGUAUGAAAUCUCUACUCCUUCAUUAGGAGAGUCUUUUGAGGCUACUCUCCAAAAUGGGUCCCUCAACAAUCCCAUGAAUUUCGUACCAAACAACCAAACAGAUGCUUUGCAUGGCCACCAUAGUGAUAAAGCCAUGUGGGAUCUUUCACAAACCACAAUUCAAUCAUCUAUAGCUUCUUCAUCCUCUCAGCCACUAUCCCCCAAUUCUGAUAAAUAUGGAUUGGUGUUGAGGGCCACACUCGAAAAGGAGCUUUCACCCUUCAAUAGAGACGAUCAUUGUGAUGUUGAACAAAGACAUGAUGAUGAUGGUGAGAAGGUGCAACAAACAAUAAUAAAUGUACAAAAUGAUAACAACAUUAAUGCUAAUAUAAUCAAAGGGACUUGGACACACGAUGAGGAUAGGGUUCUUGUUGAAUUGGUGGAUCGAUAUGGUAUGAAGAAAUGGUCCCAAAUUGCAAAUUUUCUAGAGGGCAGGGCUGGGAAGCAAUGCCGAGAGAGAUGGCUUAAUCAUCUUCGCCCAAAUAUUAGGAAGGAUCCUUGGACCAUAGAGGAAGACAUGAUGUUGAUCAGAUGUCACCAAGAAGUUGGAAAUAAAUGGGCAGAGAUUGCAAGGAGAUUGCCAGGUAGGACUGAGAACAACGUCAAGAAUCAUUGGAACACCACCAAGCGCCGCCAGAAUACAAAGAAAGGGAAAAACAAAGCAAUCACUUAUGAAGGAUCAUUGCUUCUUUAUUCAUACAUCAAAAGUGUCAGUGGAGAACAACUUAACAAAUCCACAAGCAACAUGAACAUGUUAAGUAAUGGUUGUAAUAAUCUAGCUCCUAUGUUUCCAUAUGGAUCCUCAAAUGGUGGUUUCAGCUCACAAGGUUGGGCAACUAAUCAAGUGUAUAAUCAGAACCAUGCUUUCACUGGAAAUGGUGGAUACGUGCCAAUGCAGGUAAAUGUUGAUGGAUUCGCAACUGGGUCUGUAGUAGAUGGUGGAAAUGUUGACUAUGGAAAUCUUGGUGCGUGA